AUGUUUAUGGAACAGGCAAGUGCGCUGCAGCUUGUGGAGCUGCAGACUGACUUGGGCCGCAUCUCAAGUCAGCCGGUGUACUGGUGGAAUUCGUGUUUGCUCACCUUGUCGUGUGUUGCCGUGAAGGAGCUAUUCAUGAUUCCCAUGAAUUUCCACCUUUGCUGCCAAUGUCUCACUUCAGAUCCGGUUGACGCGGCUGCUGUGCGCCACGACUUGCUUCUCGAUGGUGUCGAUGAGUUCAUCAGAAUUUGGACGGAAGUUUGCUUCGACUUCGUGCUGUCCUGGGAGGCGGUUUUCCACACAUUGGAAAAACCGCGCUUGCCUGCAUUCAGUUUGUUGAUGUUUCUUGCCGCGGCGCUACUUGGGCAGAAAGUCCCGAUACCGAAGAGACACCCUGCCAGUACAUUUCUUCUCUUCCGAGAUGAUGACACUGGGAAGAAGGAAGCAGGGCGUGGCCCUCUUGCCGGACAGCCCCUGCUCUUCAAGGGCAACAAGGCCAAGAUCAAGGAGGAGGACGAAGUGAAGCUCGAGCCGGGCGAGGACAAGUCUCGUGUAAAGACGCGUGACAACAAGGACUUGCAGUACCACAACAUUACCGAGGAAGUCAUGACGAAGAACGAGAUUGAGGAGAAGAUCAAAGCAGAAGCUGAGAUCGAUGAGUACGAGGAAGGCAAACUGGACCGUGACUGGUACAUGGCGGAAGAAGGUGGGGCGGCUCAGGGCAUGGACGCAAUGGACCCAGUGCAGGAGGCCGAGAAGGAAGAGAAAAAGAAGCGCCAAUUGGCUUCGGUCGCCCGGGUGAAUAUCCGGCAGCAGCAGAAGAAUGAGGCGAACGAGCUUUGGGAGCUUAACAGGCUCGGGGCCAUGGGCUUGGCGGAGCGGAAGGAGGUAAACUUGGACUUCUCGAAAGAGGACGAAGAGAAGCGUGUUGCCGUUGUUGUCCGGGAUACGACGCCACCGUUCCUGGACGGCCGAAAGGUCUUCACCACACAGACAGAGGCAGUGAGUGCCGUCAAAGAUCCGACGUCCGACAUGGCUGUCUUCUGCAAGCAGGGCUCGAAGGUGGUCAGACAAGUGCGUGAGGAACAAGACCAGAGCAAGUUCCGGCAACGUUUCUGGGAACUUGCAGGCUCCAACAUGGGCAACGUGAUGGGCGUCAAGAAGAAGACGGACACCGACAAGCAGGACGACGACGUUUCAGACGAUGAAUUUGACCACAAGGCCAGCAACCAGUACGGCCAAGCCUUGAAGAACCAGAAGACAGAGGCCCAGUCGGAGUUCGCGAAGACGCGGUCGAUCCAGCAACAGAGGCAAAGCCUUCCUGUUUUCAAGGUGCGGGAAGAGCUCAUCGACCUUCUGCGUGAGCACAACGUCCUGAUUUGCGUCGGCGAGACUGGAUCGGGAAAGACGACACAGCUCACUCAGUACCUGCACGAAGCCGGUUACUCGGUGAACGGCCAGAUCGGAUGCACACAGCCUCGCCGUGUUGCAGCUGUGUCCGUGGCGAAGCGCGUCGCCGACGAGAUGGGCUGUGAACUGGGCACAAAGGUGGGCUACUCCAUUCGGUUCGAGGACUGCACCAGCGAGUCGACCAUCAUCAAGUACAUGACCGAUGGCGUGCUUCUGCGAGAAACCUUGUUUGAGCCGGACUUAGACAGAUAUUGCGCGGUCAUCAUGGACGAAGCGCACGAGCGCUCGCUCAACACAGACGUCUUGUUCGGAAUCCUGCGGACUGUAGUGGGCCGCCGGCAUGACUUCAAGCUGAUCAUCACCUCAGCCACCAUGGAUGCAGACAAAUUCGCCGCGUUUUUCGGCAACGUGCCAGUCUUCAACAUCCCAGGUCGAACGUUUCCCGUGGAUACCUUCUAUGCGAGAAGUACAGCUCAGGACUAUGUCGAUGCCGCAGUGCAGCAGGCGAUCGCAAUCCAUGUUGGUCAGGAUCAGGGAGAUGUCCUGAUCUUCAUGACUGGGCAAGAGGACAUUGAGGCCACGUGCGUUUUGCUAGCUGACCGCAUCUCACAGGUUGGUGAGAAUGUGCCGCCCGUGUCAAUUUUGCCCAUCUACUCGCAGCUUCCCUCGGACUUGCAGGCCAAGAUUUUCGAGAGCAGCGACAAACGAAAGAUGAUUGUGGCCACAAACAUCGCAGAGACUUCUCUCACGGUGGACGGCAUUAAGUAUGUGAUCGAUACAGGCUACUGCAAGCUGAAGAUCUACAACCCUAAGAUGGGUAUGGACAGCUUGCAGGUAACACCCAUCUCGCAAGCAAAUGCCAACCAACGCCGGGGACGCGCAGGACGGACCGGUCCUGGAAUGUGCUGGCGUUUGUACACAGAGAGUGCCUUCGUCUCCGAGAUGCUGCAAAUGACCAUCCCUGAAAUCCAGCGCACAAACCUCGCCAACGUAGUGCUGCUGCUGAAGUCCAUGGGGAUUAAAGAUCUGCUGGCCUUCGGCUUCAUGGACCCUCCGCCACAGGACACAAUUCUGAACUCGCUGUUCCAGCUCUGGAUGCUGGGUGCACUCGAUAACCUCGGUGACAUAACUACCCUGGGCAACAAGAUGGCGCAGUUUCCGCUGGAUCCGCCGCUGUCGAAGAUGCUCAUCGUGGGCGAGGAGCUGGGCUGCAGCGAAGAGAUCAUGACUGUGGUGUCCAUGCUCUCCGUGCCGUCGAUCUUCUUCCGACCGAAGGAUCGGGCCGAUGAGAGCGAUGCGGCCAGGGAGAAGUUCUUCGUGCCGGAGAGCGACCACUUGACUUUCCUGAACGUUUACCAGCAGUGGGCCCACAACGGUUACAGUGCGAGAUGGUGCGGCGACCACUUCGUGCACCAGAAGUCUCUGAAGAAAGUGCGGGAAGUGCGGGGGCAGCUCGAGGAGAUCAUGCAGCAGCAGAGACUGCAGGUGAAUUCCAUCGGCACUGACUGGGACGUUGUUCGGAAAGCCAUUUGUGCAGGGUACUUCCACAAUGCCAGCAAGUUACGAGGAAUUGGCGAGUACGUCAAUCUCAGGUCACGUAUUCCGGCAAACUUGCACCCCACAAGCUCGCUGUAUGGCCUGGGCUACACUCCAGAUUAUGUCGUCUAUCAUGAGGUCAUGUACACAGUCAAGGAGUACAUGCAGACAGUGACGGCAGUGGAUCCCUACUGGCUUGCAGAGCUAGGUCCAAUGUUCUUCUCCGUGAAAGAGUCCAGUUCGGACUUCCAUGCGAAACAGCGCCAAGAGCAGGAAGCGCGAAGGCAAAUGGAGUACGAGCAGAAGCUGCGAGACGACCUUGAGCGUCAAGCAAAGCAGGAAGAGGCGGAGGCUCUCGUACGAAGCGGUGGGCAAGUGGUAGAGGUGGGCAAGAAGCGGGCUCCUCGCGACAACCUGAGGAAGCUCACAAGCAGCGAGGCAACGGAGCAGGAGGAGCGCCCAAGAGGCAAGAAGGCUUCAGGGCCGUCUGCUGUGGGCAACGACUCUGACUCCGACAGCGCAGCAGCAAAGCGGCGACGGGCAGCAGGACGCAAGCCCCGAGUGCGCUCUGCAUGGGCUGCAGCUGGCUAG